AUGCUCAGAGUCAACAAGCUUUUUGGAUCUCUGUUCAUAAUCUCUCUCUCCUUUCCUCUCUCUGUAUUCAGAUCUGUUCAUAAUCAUUCUCUCCUUUCCUCUCUCUGUAUUCAGAUCUCUCUUUAUAAUCUCUCACAGUGUAUUCAGAUCUCUGUUCAUAAUCACUCUCUCAUUUCCUCUCUCAGUAUUCAGAUCUCUCUUUGUAAUCUCUCUCUGUGUAUUCAGAUCUCUGUUCAUAAUCUCUUUCUCCUUUCCUCUCUCUGUAUUCAGAUCUCGCUUUAUAAUCUCUCACAGUGUAUUCAAAUCCCUGUUCAUAAUCACUCUCUCCUUUCAUCUCUCUGUAUUCAGAUCUCUCUUUAUAAUCUCUCACUGUGUAUUCAGAUCUCUGUUCAUAAUCACUCUCCCCUUUCAUCUCUCUGUAUUCAGAUCUCUCUUUGUAAUCUCUCUCUGUGUAUUCAGAUCUCUCUUUAUAAUCUCACUCUCCUUUCCUCUCUCUGUAUUCAGAUCUCUCUUUAUAAUCUCUCACUGUGUAUUCAAAUCUCUGUUCAUAAUCACUCUCUCCUUUCCUCUCUCUGUAUUCAGAUUUCUCUUUAUAAUCUCUCUCUCUCUGUAUUCAGAUCUAACUUUGCUUGCUCAUUAACUAUCUAUUUAUAUUAG